CAUCGUUUUGUCGCGGGGGGUCUCGGAGAGAUGUUCGCCGUGUCCUUCUCGCACCCAGCGGAUGUGCUGAAGGUGCGGUUGCAAUUGACGGGUGAAUGCAAUCCUGCCAAACCCACCUUGCGUGCGAGAGAUAUUUGGCUCGUAGCGCAACGUUUGGCCGUGACGGAAGGCCCGGGAAGCCUCUACCGUGGCAUCUCCGCCGCCUGGCUCCGUCAGGCCACUUUUGGGACGCUGCGGCACGGCGGCUACGGAGUGCUGGAGGCGGCCGGGAAGGAUGCGCGAAACCAGGUGUCUUUAUCCUGGCGCCUUCUUAGUGGCUUAGUCUCCGGUUCCAUCUCUGCCCUGCUGGCGAACCCUGCGGAUGUGGUGCUGAUUCGCAUGCAGGCGGACGGUGCCUGGCCGUUGGCGCACCGCCGCGGCUACCGCCACGCCCUGCAUGGCCUGUGGAGCGUCUGGCGCGGCGAAGGCUGGCAGGCGCUGUACCGCGGUAGUGGCCCCACGGCGCUACGGGCCGCGCUGGUGACGAUGGCGCAACUGCCGACCUAUGAAGAGUUGAAGGGCCGCGCCCUGUCCAUGGGCAUCUCCAAUGACGUGCGCCUCCACCUGGCCUGCGCCAUGGCGUCCGGCACGGUGGCGUGUCUCGCCACGCAGCCGGUGGAUUGUGUGAAGACCAGGAUCAUUAACAUGCAGCAGUGUGGCGUCAACUACCUGGGCCCUGUGGAUGUGGUGCGAAAAACGCUGGCCACUGAGGGGCCCUUGGCCUUUUAUAAAGGCCUCAGUGCCACCUUCAUCCGCCUGUGGCCGCACACCGUGUUGCUGUGGCUGGGCCAGGAGUUCGUGAACGCGCGGCUGAGGUAAGA